UUUAUGUAUUCGAACUAAUCGAGUUAAAGUGGUCGAAUAAUUAACUCUCAACCGUCUCAACCGAACCGGAACAACGCACUAAACUGGUUGAUACUUAAUACCCUUGCCGAGAAUGGGAUGAGAUACGGUGACAACCCCAUUAGGGGUUGUGAGAUUGACAACCCAUUUUAUAACCAUAAGAUGUAUUCUCUCUCUUGUCUCUUUCUUAUUUUUUUCAAAUCAAUGAUAUAGAUUGGAUUAAGGGUAUUUUUGGACGAAAAAAUUGACCACACUAGAUUAUUACCCUAUUAAUACCUAAAACCCUACAUUCUCUCUUUCCUCUCUCUCUCUCACGCCAUCUUUUUUCUUCCUAUUCUUCUUCUUCCUCCCAUCUCUUCCCUCUCUUUCUCACAAUUCUGCAAACCUUCAUCAAUCUACUCCUUCUACCACCACCAUUACUAUCACUACGAUUCACCUUGUGAGCCCCCUUCCUGUACUCAGCCACCAGCUCUCCCAAAACCCUUUCGAAUUCGCCAUCAAUACCUCGGAGCUCAUCUCCAGCACCAACGUCCCGCCUCUCCUCCCUCUCAAACUCAACCUCACGUCAAACGAAUCCCCUCCGCCGCCGCCCGGAUCCAACCUGAACCGUCACCACGAGGUCACCGCCUCUCCCCUGCCUCCCCCUUUCGUCAUCCCUGAUUUUUUUUUCCAGAUCUGUGAUUUUUCAUAUUUCAGAUCUGAUUUUUUUGUGCUAGUCUCUAGUGGUACGCUACCAGUGGCAAUGGUACCGCUACCAGUGGUACUGGUACUGGUACCGCUACUAGUGGUACUGGUACCGCUACCAGUGGUACUGGUAAAUCUAAUGGUAUUACCAGUGGUACUGGUACUACUAAUGGUACCGCUACAAGUGGUAAUGAUACCGUACCACUAGCACUGGUAGCGUACCACUGGUACAUUUUUUAACGCACUAGUAGUGUACCACUAGCACUGGUAUAUUAAUUACCAGUAGACCAAUGGAUUGGUACACUUUUUAACGCACUGGUACAUUUUUUCAGGUUGCUGGAGGGAGUCUGGCGGAGAGAAUUCGUCGGAGAAAAAGUCUAUCUAUCGAAGCGGAGUGGCCGCAGGAGAAAGGAAGAGAGAGAGAUAGAGAUAUUAAUGUAUAGGAUUUAAAUUUAAAAAAAAAAUUGUAUUUAAUAUGAGUUUUUAAUUCCCAAUCUGAUUAAUACAAAAAAGGUAAUUAAUAUAUUCCUUUUUUUCAUACCCAAAAUACCCUUGGUUGUCAAUCUGACACCCGUAUCCGGUCCCUGCCGAGAAUAAAGGGCAACAAAAUUCCAGCCGACAUCCGAGAGCCUAAUGCUGAAGUGAAAAAACGGAUACAAGAACAAAAUCCACAUUCAGCGGAGCCAAGCGCGUGGAAAAUUCGUCGAGAUUCCCAUCCCAUUUCUCAUUCUCCAACUAUCUUUUUGGCACAGAAGCGGAAAACCAAAUCCGGAAAAUAGGAAUGGCAAGGCCGGCCCAGAACCAAAACGACAGCAAGAUUGGAAACUUCUUCUUGGCCACUCUGCUGCUGUGGUCAGUUUCAAUCGGGUUCGAGAUUCUCUUCAACCACCGCACCGAGCUCCUCGUCGUCCUCGCCGGCGCCGCCUUCUUCCAAAUCGCCAACUUCGCCAUUCGAUCUCUCGUCUCCCGCGACCCGCUCUUCGUCAACACCUCCGUCUCGCUCCUCCACUCUUCCAUCACUUCCUCCGCAGUGCUGUUGAUAUUGGCGAAUCAAAUUUUGCGUACGGGCACAAAUGGGAUAUUCGAGCACUCAGAACUGGUUGGAAGUGCAUGGCAGUGGGCGUACCCUGCGUUGUGUUUAUCCAGUGGUUACUUUGCAUAUGAUCAAUUGGAUAUGCUGAUUUACCGACUCUACAGUGGUGCCUUUCCUUCCAUCCUGGUGCACCACCUGGUCCUUCUGAUUUGCUUCACCCUUGCUUUGUAUCGAAAUGUUACAAUCAACUAUCUCAUUCUCACCCUAAUCUGUGAGCUGCACUCCAUCUUCCUUCACGUUAGGAAAGUGAGGCGGAUGGCUGGCAUUCGUGACGCUAAGAGCGUGAUCGUGAAGGUGGAAUGGAUGCUCAACUGGCUGACAUUCACCGUCGCGAGAGUGGUGCCUCACAUUCUCAUAACCAUGAAGCUGAUCAGAGAUGCUCCCAAGUUUGGAAAGGGUGUGGAGUGGCCUCUUGCGCUGUUUGGGAUGGCCGGAAUGAACAUACUGAAUGCUGGCCUUGGCAUCGAUCUCAUCCAUGCUUUCAGGAGAGAACGAAAUCCCCGCACAAGUAGUAGUUGCAACCACCAGGAAUGAUGAUACAGAUCUCCAGUGGCAAACUGCGCAUACUUUGUGCUGCACACGCCCAAGUUCUUUAGAUUCUUGUGUUUUUCCCUUUGUGGUUGUUAUUAUUCUUUUCUUCUUCUUUCUCGUAUAAUUUAUAUGUAUCUAUAUAGGGUGAGAUAUCAGAAUAACACUAUAACUUGUUAUUAUGAUGCUAAUACAAAUAGUGCUUUUAAAUUUUGAACCUAUUCCUGUCACUUCGAGGAGUAGGAGGAUUGAACUGAUAAUUAGAAAGAGCUCAGUUAGACAUGGUUUCUGCACUACUAGCAAAACUCCUUCCAGAAUCAUGGUUUCUUUCAACUUUCUUACUUCUGUGAACCCUAAGAAUUCUUCGAAUUCUGAGGUAUUGGAAAGUUCUUGGAUUGACUAGCUAGUGCAGCCAAAUCUAUGGCCUCAGUUGUCUUCCCUCCGACCGGGCUAGUACGAUUCAUUUUUCUUUCCAAUUGGACCACUGAUUUGUAUACAGUGACAAGAUUUGGAACAAGAUCAAUCAUCAACAUAUGGGUUCUAACAUGCUGGAAAUUCUUGUUGAGACCCAAGUAUUGUAAAGUUCAUCAGAGUCCUCUGGGUUAAUCGCAAGGUUGGUUACUGGGAUUACAAAAAACGUUCAUGUUUGGUCAUUAGAAAUAUUUAAUUCUAUUCGUGGUCACUAGAUUUAGUAAAAUGGUCCAAGUUUGGUCACUCUCUAUUAGUCUCUGUUUGUCUCCGUUAACACCGUAAGUUAAUUGCCGACGUGGCUAACAAAAAUGCUGAUUCAUC